AUGAUUCCAAAACAGCGUCAAGAAUCAGAGGAGAAACCACUGGAUGAGCAACUUGAGCUAUUACAAGAGAAAAUCGCGGAGUUGAUAGUCACGAAUGAGGCGACUGAGAAUCAGUUGACAAAUUUGACAUUUGAAUCGAACGAUGUGAUUAGUUAUCUGAAAAAAUUGGUAGAGGAAAAAGACGAAGAGACGGCACGGCUUGAGGAAAUGUUGGAUGAGCGGAUGAAAGAAUCAGAUAGAAAAUUCAAGAUUCAUAGAGAGAAUUAUGAGUUGGAAGAGAAGAAAUUGAAAGAAGAAAUUGAGAAAUUGAAAAGUGAAAUGAGUAUUAUGGAUACUCAACUAGGAAAUCAACAUAGAAUUGAACUGGAAAUCAUUGAAAUGGGUGCAAAAUUAAACUCUUUGCAAUCAGUUGUAGACCAACAAGAAGAGACGAUUCGAAGAAAAGAAGCAGAGGAACGGAGUGUGAAAAUUGCAGCAAUUGAACAAGCCCGUGCUGAUUUGAGUGCAGAAUUCGAACAAGCUGUUGCUGAAAUUAGAGUAGAAGCGAGUCUCGAGAGCAAAGGACACACAUUGAUGAAUAAUCAAGUGAUAGAACAUUUGGAGUUAGAACUGACAAAAAAGAAACAAGAAGUUCUACGAAUGGAACAGCUCAACGAGGAAAAGCAGACAGAAUUAGAAAGAGAAAUGGAGAAAACUCAGGAAAGAGAAGAAGAGAAUCUGAAGUUGAGAAGUUUAUUGGAGAAAAGUGGACAAACUACUGAGAAGGCUUUGAAAGACAGUAAGCGAAGACUGGAGGAAUCUGAAAACAAACGGAAGAGUACUCUUGAAAAAUACGUACAAAUUGAGAAUGAUUUGAACUCAAAGCUCGACGACGCAUUGCAGAAUGCUGAGAAAUGUCAGAAGAUGAUGUCACAAUUAGAAAAUCAACUUCUGAAAGAACAGCAAACUAGGAAGUCAACCAUUGAUGCACAUCAAGCGCAGAAUAAGAAAAUAGAAGAGUUGAAAGUGUUCUUCAAGGAUGUUUUGUCUAGUGAAGAGGGACUGCUUGAUGAAGUUAUCAAAGAGAAUCGGAAUGCUGUAUUCGCUCAUUUAGCUUUGAUCAUUUCUAGAAUUCCGAUUGUAAAAUAA